AUGACUGGCGAAAAUGCUGAAGAAAAUAACAAACAAAAGGGCACUAGGCCCCCAAAUUCUUUAAUUGUUUCACUUUCGAAGAAUUCUUCCUUCUACGCCAAUAUCGGCAUUAAACUUCUCAACGGGGCGAAUGACCAUCUCUCCUACGAUGAAAUUUUCGUAACCGGUUUGGGAACUGCUAUUAAGGUCGCUAUUGAGACGGCAAUGCUUCUCUCAAACCGUAAAGUUGGUGUUAUUAAGAAGAUUGAGACUUCUUACUACAAUUCCGACACAGUCAAAAAACACAUUCCAAAAAUUAACAUCAUUGUUGCUAAAUCUUAGACUGUUUUCGAAUCUUAAUUUGUUUCCAUUGAAUUAGCAAGAUAUUCAAUAUUUUGUUAAUUUUUUAAAUGGCCAUAUUUAUUCUUUUUAAUUUGUG